AUGCCGUCCUCGUCCCAACCACCCAUGUUCCUUCGCCCUUCACCCUCGCCGACGCCGACGCCCUCGGGCUUUGAUCGCUCCCACCCCGCCGACGCGACCCCACAAUUCUCGGUUACCUCUCGCGACCGCCGAGUCCGAUUCGACAGCUCACCUCUCUCACAUCGAGUUUCUACCUAUAGAAAAUCAUCCACUGGUCAGAGUGCUUCCGAAAGUCGAAUUGUAGACGAUGAUCUCGACGGACGAGAAGAUGACACCAAACCCGAACUGGGAAUUCUUCUCGCCAUCACCGCACUCAAGAACCGCGUCGGAUGUUGCUACUACGAUCGCAGUGGGAACAUGAUCCAUUUCCUUCAAGAUCAGCAAGAUGGACAGCAAUGGGAUCUGGUCCGAAUGGGUGAGGUAGUUCGUCCAGCGUCGUUCGUCUUACCAAUCGCUGAACAAUGCGAAACGACUCCUGUCUGGCGCACCACGGACGAUGUCGGCUUUCACAGUGCUCGAACAAACUCAACCCAGUCAUGUCAUCACUUCAACGAAUGCCGAUUCGAGGUUCCACGAAGUGCUCGAACAAGUAUUGGCGACGUUACCCGAUCCUUCGGCAACGUCAAGUUCGAGCUCGAUGACGACCAGUGGUGGUGGGGGAGUCACCUCGACCGAUGGCGAAGGUACGACCGCUUCGGACUCGCCGAUUCGACUCGAGUAUCGCCCUGCUCGCGAGUUUUAUGCAGGUCAGGGAAAGAACGCGUUACUCCAGCUGAACAUCGUUGAGAAUGGGAUGUACGCCGAUGGGUCCGACGAUGGCGACUCCGAUCCCGACGCAGACUUGUACGGCGCAGCAAAUUCCACCCGCGACUCUUCAACGGGGACUCGAACGCGCCCCUCGAACGCCUACGAUUUUCAGUCCAAUAAGCGAGCCAAGACGCAAAGUGUCCGAUACGACGAUGAGCGCAUGAGGCGACAAAUGGGGCUCCGACUCGAGGGCUUCCUCAACAGUUUAGGAGACAGUCCGCUCACGCUCGGGUGUGCGGGGGCAUUGCUCGGCCACAUCUCGAAGCAACUCUCCGACGAAGGCGAGUUGGGUUCUGACGUUGGCUUGACGAUCACUAGUCUCAGGUUGAUGCAGCUGUGGGUACCCGUCGAAGCUUGAGGUCUCGGACCCGUGAGCAUUUGAUGGCUGAAGUUGACGAUCGUACUGCCCUCAGAGAUCGUAUGAUGCUUCUCAACUCGGAAGCUUUGACGUGAGUGAUUGUUCCCUACCUCAUGAUUCAACUUUGGGGACUACGGUUGGAGCUCCACUGGUCCGUGCACAGGUCCUUGCAGAUCUUUCGCGACGAAAGCCACGCCUCGACCCAUUCCUCGGCAAAGAAAGAAGGACUCUCCUUGUUCGGUGAGUUAUUUUGACUAUCUCCGAAGAAUUUCAGUCCUGGGAGAGAUCGGGUUGAUCUGAAAACAUUGACAAUGGCAGGUAUCAUGAAUCUUGCUCGAACCGGUCCAGGUCGGGCUUUGCUCCGCACGUGGUUCCUGCGGCCUCUCCUCGACAUGGAGAUGAUCACCGGUCGCCAGAACGCGGUCGAGUGCUUCCUUCGUGCCGAAAAUCGUGAGAUGCACUUCUUCGAUAUUUUGGUUGUUCUUAUACUCAAAGCCAUUGAAUCAUAACAAUUCUACCUCUCAGAGCAUAUUGCGGACGCGAUCCAAAGCAACCUCAAAAGAAUCAAAAACGCCCCUGCUGCGCUCCGAGCCCUGGGCGCCGGCCGAGGCGGAAGUAUCGAGUGGAACCAAAUCUUACAGGUGCGCUUCACUUCUCUCAUCACAAUCACAGUCAGUGGCAUAACAUAUGACUAUUAUUUAUGUGAAAUGUGCAGUUCAUCAACGGCUCAAUCACUAUUCGAGAUGUGGUGCUGAGCCUUGCGCAUCGGAAAGGAGUACCGAUUGUGGAGAAGGUCGGUGCACUUAUCCGUGGCUCACUGGAGAGCGCUCAUUCGUCUUCUCGAACCCGCAGUGCUUGAACUCAUUCUCACCUCAAGUAUUCGAGGAAAUCGGAGGAAAGAUCAACGAUACCGUAAGGUUUUCGAGCAAUCCUCACCCGGGGUGGAUUGGCUCAUUCUCUGCGACCUUGACCCCACAGAUCGAUUGGGAUGAGUCCUCGGCGCAAAAGAUACAUGUCAUCAUUCGACCAGGUAUUGAUAUGGACCUCGAUGAGCUUCGAAGAACUUACAACGGACUCUCGUCAUUGCUGGUGAGUGAAACAUGAUCACUUACGAGCGCAAGACUUGACGGCGUUCCUGAUCCUUCGCCUCAACGAUCUCCAAAGUCCAAGAUUGCCCAGCGGAUCAGUCUCGACCUCGACUCGAGCUUCGUGCAAACUCUCAGCGUCGUCUAUUUUCCUCAACUUGGCUACCUGAUCGUGGUUCCAUAUACGGAAGAGGUGAUCCAAGCGGAGAACUACGGUCCCGUUGGAUGGUCCUUCCAGGUGAGUGUGAUCUCGGCAACCCGGUCACAUUCUUCAUUUGACGCCCGACUACGACUGCCGAGCGAGGCCAGUUCGUUACCGAAGAUUACGCGUAUUUCAAAAGCAAAGAAUGCUACGAUCUCGAUCGCCAUAUAGGUGACAUACAUUCCAACAUCGUCGGUAAGGUUUAUGAUUUUGAGUACUCUAGUCCAAAGCUCACGUCCAAAUCUUCGCCGGGCAGACAAAGAGAUUCAAAUCGCGCAAGAUUUACUCACUCGGCUGCGCGAGCACGAGACGACCAUCAUCGCUACUGCAGAAACGUUGACCGAGCUUGAUUGGUAUGCCCAGAGUACCAUCUCGAUCGAUUUCGUCCCGGAAAAGGACUGACCUCGUCGUACGAUAGCCUACUUUCGUUCGCCGAGUGCGCUCGACUUUACGACUGGACACGCCCUUCGGUAGUGGAGGAGCCCGUACUCGAUAUCCGAGGUGGCCGACAUCCGCUCGUGGAGCUUUGCGUUGAUAGCUUUGUCCGAAAUGACGUCAGACUAGUCGGUGGUGCGGUCAUGAAUACGGAGGAGGAGGCGAGGGCCGAUUCGGAAGACAACGAAGGGGUUAACGAAGCUCGCAGAGACUCUAGUGUGAUGGUUGUGACGGUGAGCACACUUGCGCCGAGAAAUCUGGCCUCCCCCUGUGAGCUAAUUAAUGCAAAUUUGGAUACCGGAAUCUAGGGCGCCAAUUUCAGUGGAAAAAGUGUGUACCUCAAACAAGUGGCGAUCAUCACCUUCAUGGCUCACCUUGGGUCAUUCGUUCCUUGCGAACAAGCGACGAUCGGCCUAACGGAUCGACUCCUGACUCGCGUCUCGACGCGCGAAUCGAUCGCUCGAGGUUCCUCUGCCUUCAUGAUCGACUGCCAGCAGAUAGCCUACGCCCUACGCAACGCCACGCCUCGCUCGCUACUCCUUCUCGACGAGUUCGGUAAAGGCACCGAAAGCAAUGACGGUGCCGGACUGUUUUGCGCGACGCUGCAGCACCUCGUCGACAGGGGUCCUCAAGCCCCUAGAACUCUCGCAGCAACUCACUUCCACAGCGUGUUCGCGAACGAUCUACUCAGUGACAAGUCGAGGAUCGGUUUCGCGCACAUGCAAAUCAUUAUCAAUGAUUCGACUGUGACGACCUCUCGUCGGCGGAACAGUGUGAAAGGUGGUCGAACCGGACGGGGAACUUCUUCAAGCGGGAGCACGUGUUCGGCCGAGGUGACGUAUCUCUUCAAGUAAGGCGGGAACAAUUCCUAUUUGAAUUGAGCCGAAUUUUCUCACACUGAAAUGUGCUUCUUCUUCUCGCAAUCAACAGAGUCACGCCCGGCCUAUCGCUAAAUUCACACGCCGCGGCCUGCGCCUCCCUCUUCGGCGUCGACGACCGCACGAUCGAACGCGCGAUCCAAGUGACGGAGUUGAUCCAGAAAUUCGAGAUCGCGACUCUCGUGAACGAGGCAUUGACCGAAGAGGAGGCGGAUGAUCUGAGGGAGAGUGAGUUGAUCGCUAGGAGGUUCCUCGAGUGGGAUUUGGAGUCGGAGGGUUGGGACGAUGUCGAGGUUGACGAGGUGCGCCAGAGGGUGAAGAGUUUGUCCGAGGGUCUGUGA